AUGAUUUCAAAGAGACCAUCAUCUUCUGAGGAACCUGAAGAUAUGGAGAAAGAACAACCUUUAUUAACAGUUAAUCCUGAACACACGGGAAAGGCGUUCAAGGUCAUGAAUGAAUUACGGAGUAAGAAGAUGCUGUGUGAUGUGAUUAUUAUGGCAGAAGACGUAGAGAUUAAUGCACAUCGUGUUGUGCUAGCUGCCUGCAGUUCAUAUUUCUAUGCAAUGUUUACAGUGGAAAUGACUGAAAGUAAAGCUAAAAAGAUUGAGAUUAAAGAUGUUGAUGGUGAGACUCUGGGAAAGCUUAUUGAGUACAUGUAUACUGCAGAAAUAGCGAUUACAGAAGAAAAUGUGCAGGUUCUCUUGCCAGCUGCAAGCUUGUUGCAGUUGAUGGAUGUGAGGGAAAACUGCUGCGACUUUCUUCAGUCACAGCUCCAUCCCACAAAUUGUCUUGGUAUAAGGGCUUUUGCUGAUGUGCACGCAUGUACAGAGCUUCUAAAUCAGGCCAAUUCAUAUGCAGAGCAGCAUUUUCCAGAAGUCAUGUUAGGAGAUGAAUUUCUUAAUCUGAGUUUGGAUGAAGUCUGUACUUUAAUUUCUAGUGACAAACUCACAGUUUCUUCUGAAGAAAAGGUUUUUGAAGCUGUAAUUUCCUGGAUAAAACAUAAAAAAGAAACUCGCUUUGAACAUAUGGCAAAGUUAAUGGAACAUGUUCGUUUUCCCCUUUUGCCCAGGGAAUAUCUUGUGCAGACAGUUGAAGAAGAAGCACUGAUAAAAAAUAAUAAUACUUGCAAAGACCUUCUUAUUGAAGCUAUGAAGUAUCAUUUACUUCCAAUAGAACAGCGGCAGAUAAUGAAGAACCCCAGAACAAAGCCAAGGACUCCCGUUUGUUUGCCAAAGGUGAUGAUUGUAGUUGGAGGGCAAGCCCCUAAAGCUAUACCUAGUGUUGAAUGUUAUGAUUUUGAAGAGGAUCGAUGGGAACAAAUAGCCGAACUCCCUUCUAGGAGAUGCAGAGCAGGGGUUGUGUACAUGGCAGGCAAGGUGUAUGCCGUAGGGGGGUUUAAUGGCUCUUUAAGAGUACGUACUGUAGACGUAUAUGAUGGGGUAAAGAACCACUGGACAUCGACCGCCAGUAUGCAGGAGCGGAGAAGCACUCUGGGAGCUGCUGUUUUAAAUGAUCUUCUCUAUGCUGUUGGUGGAUUUGAUGGAAGUACAGGCCUAGCUUCCGUGGAGACAUAUAGUUAUAAAACCAAUGAAUGGUUUUUUGUAGCCCCCAUGAACACUAGAAGAAGCAGUGUUGGAGUAGGUGUGGUGAAUGGCAAGCUAUAUGCGGUUGGUGGUUAUGAUGGAGCAUCACGCCAAUGCUUGAGUACUGUAGAAGAGUAUAACCCAGAAGAAAAUGAGUGGACAUAUGCAGCUGAUAUGAGCACCCGGCGUAGUGGAGCAGGAGUGGGUGUUCUUAAUGGCAAACUGUAUGCUGCUGGUGGACACGAUGGACCAUUAGUCAGAAAGAGUGUGGAGGUUUAUGAUCCAGGAACAAAUUUAUGGAAGCAAGUAUCAGACAUGAACAUGUGCAGGAGGAAUGCAGGUGUAUGUGCCGUAAAUCAACUUCUGUACGUGGUUGGUGGAGAUGAUGGUUCGUGCAAUCUGGCUUCAAUAGAAUAUUAUAAUCCUAUUACUGACAAGUGGACUAUUCUUCCAACAAACAUGAGCACUGGAAGAAGUUAUGCAGGUGUUGCAGUGAUCAAUAAACCAAUAAGAGAAAACUCCAGACAAGAAGUGUUUAAGUGAAAAGAAAACUGAGCCUUAGGCAGAUGAACACAGGACUGUAUCUGCACAGCAUUUGUAAUCAUUCAAACCUACCAGUACAUAAGCUGUAUUACUAUAAAAUAUAAGUCUUUAUUUCUGUCACAAAGGCAUAUCGAUCAGGAAAAACAAAUUUGUGCACUAAACGUUUCCUAGUGAAAACCUUUUCUCUACUGAUGAUUGUACUGUAUUAGAUUUGCUGCAACUGUGUAUAUUACUUAUUGUAAGAUAUUUGUAAUUUUGCUAUAUACUUGUGUUCUUUUAAAUUAUCAAUUUAUGUACUUGGUGAUUUCUGAUAAAUAAUGGCUUGCAAUGUUUAUUUGCCACAAAUAUUUAUUAAUUUAUAACAAAUGGAAAAUUAUUUUUAUUUCAUAAUAUAUACAUUUCUAUGAUUAAAUAUUGACAAUA